UUAGUCUGUGCUCAGUAAACUUCGUAUACGAUUAUCAUACUUCGUCAUAAAAUUUUAAACAUGGUGUUCGUUUUUGCAUAAAAUAGUGUUUUUAAACCGUUUUGUUUGUUUAUAUGUUAUGUUGUUGUUAUUAGGUGCAUGAAGUAGCUAUUCUACACUUUAUUAAAUAAAACGCAACCAGUGUCAAUAAAUUUAUAGGUGAUUGUAGUUGAUAAUUUGUCAAAGCACAUUUAAAACAUGUCACUCCAACACGAAGGUCCAUCAUUGAUUAAAGUAUCAAGAAGUAUUGAAACUCAAACCGACAUUAGCAUACAGGAACAAAUCUCACAAUUUUCCUCUAACAUGAAUCCGCCUUCUCUUGCGGCCACCGGAGAAGUACCUAUAAUGUCCAAACUACCCAUGGUUUACUUUUUUGUGAAACAAGUUUUAGUAGAAAAUCAUGAACCUGCUUGUAAAUUCACCCUACCUUUUUUGAAUUGGUGCAAAUAUUCAAAUAUAUUAGUUGAUUGCUCGACUCAGACCGACAUUUCAGAAGCUCAAUUUGUAAAUAUGUGCAAUCAGAGUGUGCCUUUGUAUAACGAAAAUUUUUACCCUGAUCCCAUUACUAAUUAUAAUAAUAAUAUUACAAAUGUUCCGACUAUGCCAAAUAAUUCUGUAAAUAAUAAUAUCCCAAUUAAUCAUUUGAAUCAUAAUAUCCCAAUUAAUUAUUUGAAUAAUAAUUUCCCAAUUAAUUAUUUGAAUAAUAAUAAUUUUCCAAUUAAUUAUUUGAAUAAUAAUUUAAAUGCUGGCAUAUCAACAUACUAUGCAAAUUCGAAUAAUCCAUGGCUUCCAUAUAUUGGAAAUAGUCAUACGACUGUGUUUAAUGAUAUGUUUUUUCUAUAUAAUGGAUUUUAUUACAAAUCUCGAGUUACAACACAAGUAGUUCCUGUGUGUCCUGCAAAUACCAUAUUGUACCCCUACCCUCACCAUUUGACAAAUCUUUCCCCUCUCAAUCAUUUUAUAUCUGACCAAUCUAUUUACAACGUGUAUGAUGUGCCUGAACAAGUAAUGGACCAACAUUUUGAUAAUGAGAACAAUAAUGCUGAUUAUCAACUAAACAAAGAAAAUAUUAAACAGGAAAGUAAUGCUAGCCCCAAUUUGGCUUCAAUGAAAAAAUCAAUUGAAGAUCAAAAGAAUGAAGUGAACGAUUUUACAAUAAAGUUACAAAAUAAUAAAAUAGAACGUGAAGAUGGUCCCCUAAAAUUUUGCAAAUUUUGUCGCAGUAAUAGAGAAGCAAAAUCUGUAUAUGAAUCACAUCAGCUGCAUGCUCCUCAAGAAGAUGGAUCAAAGAUUGUGACAUGUCCAAUAUUAAGAAGCUAUAUCUGCAGAAUGUGUAAUGCCACGGGGGAUUUGGCUCAUACUGAGUCUCAUUGCCCCAAGAAUCCUAACGUCGGCGUAUCAACUGCAAAACUUGUAACACGCACUGCAUAUAAUAGUUCCGGCAAACCUCGUCGUGCUAUAUCUUAAUAGAAGAACAAAAAUCUACAGCCUUGAAAAAUAUUUUCAUUUAAUUAAAAUGACGAUGAAUUAUUGGAUUUAUAAUUUUUAUUCAUUUGUUUUCAAAUAAUCAGUUUUAAACUAUUUACAUACAACUUAU